GACAUUUGGCGUUGGAUUAUAACCUCCAAAUUACAAAAUUUCAGUGAUUUCAAUCAGAAAUAUACCCCAGAGCAUUAAUGACAUUAAAUCGUUGAAUCAUCUUAAUAAUUUGUUCUCAUGAUCAACAACAAAUAUCUAUUUGACUCAUCAGCAUACACUGAACAAAAUAAUGCGUCAAACCUUAAUCUCACAGCAAAAUCGCUAUCAACUCUUUUGUCUAGCCUUUUUGGGCCACGGCGGAUGAUUGGCCCUUUUCUUCACCAAAGCAGUUUUCUCUCUAGGUCGAUAAAUUUCUCGGAAGCAGGUUUCACUGCCAAUUCACGUGAGUUUUCCCAUACAAAAGUCGGAAUAUCGCGAUCAGGUCUUGCAAAAAACCAGCUGGAUCGAAUUUGAACUUUCUUCCAAUUUCGAGAAACGGCUUUCUCUUUUGAGUCCAGCCCUAUCCGACCGGCAUUUAAAGAAAC